CUUAUUGAAAACACACUAGGCUCUGAGAUCAUUACUGCAGGAAAACUGUUCUCUCCUGAAGACGAAAAGCCUGCUCCAGAGCAGCCCUACCUCUCAGUGUUCCAAGAGGACCAUGGCCACCUACGUUCUGCAAAUGGCUGGACUGGUUCUUGGUGGUGUUGGCAUGGUGGGCACAGUGGCUGUGACGAUCAUGCCUCAGUGGAGAGUGUCUGCCUUCAUCGAAAGCAACAUUGUGGUUUUUGAGACCCUCUGGGAAGGCCUGUGGAUGAACUGCAUGAGGCAUGCUAACAUCAGGAUGCAGUGCAAGAUCUACGACUCCCUGCUGGCUCUGACUCCAGACCUGCAGGCAUCCAGAGGACUGAUGUGUGCUGCUUCCGUCCUGUCCUUCUUGGCUUUUAUGACGGCUAUCCUCGGCAUGAAGUGCACCAGGUGCACUGGGGACGAUGAGAACGUGAAGAGCCGCAUCCUGCUGACGGCUGGAUUCAUCUUCAUCAUCACUGGCCUGGUGGUGCUCGUCCCUGUGAGCUGGGUUGCCAAUUCCAUCAUCAGAGACUUUUACAACCCGAUAGUGGAUGUUGCCCAAAAGCGUGAGCUCGGGGAAGCCCUCUACAUAGGCUGGACCACGGCGCUGGUGCUGAUUGCUGGAGGAGCGCUGUUCUGCUGCGUUUUUUGUUGCACGGAAAAGGACAGUAGUUACAGAUACUCCGUGCCAUCCCAUCGCACAACUCAAAGGAGUUUCCACAUGGAAAAGAAGUCCCCGAGUAUAUACUCCAAAAGUCAGUAUGUGUAGUUGUGUGUAUCAAGUUUAUCUAUUAAGAGAGGCAAAUUGCUGAACUAUCCACUAUUUCCUGAUGGAAGAACCAGAGAACAUCACUUUGCCAUUCUUAACUGCCUAACUGUCUUUACAGGAAAUAUGCACUGUCUACGAUUCUAUAAAUUGUUUCAAGGGAGGGAGGUAUUGUGCACACUGCUUUGAUUGAUCUAAGAAGUAGUCUUUGGUUCACACAGCUCUUUCUUUUAUCAGUCACUUCAAAAGGCAUAGCUAAAGACUUAGUUUAAGCCGUGAUUUCUCUGUGUCACAGCAUUGUGUAUGUAGAUGGGCAUGACAUUCAUAUUUCACAUAGAGACAAGAUUAUGUGGUUCUAUUUAAAGUGAAGUACGGAUCCAUCACACUGAAUAAACAGAAAUCAGCCAUUGCUUUUCAGGGGAAUCAGGGAAAAGAGUGAAGGGGGCUAGUAUUAAUUGGCUAAGAACAGCUUAAGGAUUAGUGCACUCUAUUUAUAACAAAGGCUGAAAUGAAGGUUUUAAUCAUUAGUGUAAAGGAAACUAAAUGACUUUGCUAUCCUAUUUUGCAGCCUCUAGAAUUUAGAAAUCAUAACUCCUUUAUCCUCCCCGAGAGGCCAUCCUUUCUUUGAACACCAAAUCAAUGUCUUUUAAAAAACUAAUGUUUUGUCAAAAGAUUUUGUUUUAACUCAAACUACUUUUCCAAGGCUUCACUGAGAAGAGAGAUAAAGCUAUGGUGUAAUAAAAUGCAAUAAUUUCUGGAAAAUGAAUUUAUCUUAAUUUUCAUGUUUGGAGAAGGUUGUAGUUUUGAUAUUCAGUCAUAUUUUUAUAUAUGCAUAUAUAUGAGACUAUUCAUGAACUGUUUGAGUAUAGUCUUUGGAAUUUUACCAGUAUAUGAAGGAGAAAAAUAAUAUGCUUUGAUUUUCAUUUUCUUACCAAAAAAUCCUUCCAAACUUGUUUUUUCAGAGCUCUAGCUGCUUCUGGAUCAAAGUUGUCAUUUCAGUUCUAUCAGAGGUGAUUUUCCUGUGUUUACGCUGUUUUUGUUGAGUUGUACUGAAGCACGGCUCUGCUGUAAAUUCCCUCCCAAUCUCCCUCAACUGAUAAUCCACUUUGAAAGUUUGUAUAUAUUGUCUACACAUUAAUGAAAUGACUAUGUGUGUUAUUUGCUUUGUGUAAUUUAUAUUAAUAUAGUACAGCCUUUACAAUUAUAUGGCAUUCUUACUUUUUUUGUUUUAUUACAUUGUAAAAUUUUUUGAAACUUGAUACAUUUUUAGUUUUAAACACAGAGUCUAUGUUCAUCUUUGAGAAUAGUAUAUAACUUAGUACAAACAUGUUAAUUCUAAUUAUUAGAUGUAUACACCAACAUCUGGUGAAAAUACUAUAUUGGUAUUCUUUCAAGUUAGUACUUAGAUUCAACAAAAUGUAUUUGCUGUAACUAUUAUGUAUGCAGGCCAUCAUGUUUUUAAAAAGUUGCUCAUAUAUAUUUCAAUCUCUGAGAAAUGAUAUGAAUUACUAAUAGUGAUGAAUGACUUUGGAAUAUAUAAUAUUUAUGUGAAAUAUAUUGUUAAAUCUUCUGUAAUAUUGAUAAUAUCUUUAUUUCGAUUAAAAAAUGUGAA